UCCCGGUGAGCGGUUUGAUGUUAAAAGAAAAGGCGAGGGUGCUACAUUGUACAAUUAAAGAAAAUUGCCUUGAUUUUCAAAAUUUCAAAAAUAGAUAUGGCGUUCGGUUGCCCCAAGUUUCUGGGGGAAAACUAUCUUCACAGCCCCAGUUGGUCGAUCCAUUCAAAAAAGCUCUACUCAAGCUCCUUGUGAUAGGCAAGGCCAGAAACCUCCGUUGUUUUAAGGGGUUUGACUGCCCUGUUCAUUAUAGACAUUCAAAGUCCGCUUGGAUGACUGUCGCUAUCUUCAAAGAUUGGUUCCAUCGUUCAUUCAUACCUGAGGGUCUACCAGUUAAGGCUGUCCUUUGAAUUGAUAACGCUCCAUCGCAUCCACCUGAGAAUGAACUUAAAAGUGAAGACGGCUCUAUUUUAGCAAUGUUUAUGCCACCCAACGUCACCCCCCUUAUACAACUCAUGGUCCAAAAUGCAAUCAGGAUUACAAAACUUUAUUACAGAAACAAUCUUUUGGCUUCCGUUGCUGCAACAGGAUGUGACUUGCUAGAGUCUAUGAAGCAAAUUUCACUUAAGGGCGUUAUUAUUACCCUUGAAUCUGCAUGGAAUAAAGUGGAUGAGGCUGUGCUAUCAAAAUGCUGGAACAAUGUUUUGAGUAUGCUUGAAAAUCAAGAAGAUCCUGAAGAUGAAAUUCCUUUGAAUAUCCUUCGAAGGAACUUGAAUAUGAAUGUGGGGGAGGAGAGCGCAGCCAAUCUUUUACAAAACUUGAGACCUGAGAUUGGAAUCACUGCUUGCAACGUUAGAGAAUGGAACGAGGAUGCUAUUGAAUUCAAUGAAAAUGAAAUGAAAUGA